UCCAGCGCCUGCGUGUGCGUCCUUCACAUUCAUGAACACUUACCUGUGAGGAUGAGCAUGUGUCUUCUCUGGCUCGGCCUGCUCCACAUCAGCCUAAGCGCACUGUGGCAAGCGGCCAACAUACAGGCAGCAGUGACCAUUGAUCAGGUGACACUGACAGUGCUUCCUGCUAAUAAUGUGGAGAGUGGCACUAACGUGAUCUUGCGUUGCGAGGCCAGUGUCAGUCAGAGCCUCCCCCAGCCGCUGACAUACUCCUUCAGCCUCCUGCAGGACAGUCAGGUGAUGUACUCCAAAAAUAGCAGUGCCUCAGUGGUGGAGCGCAGUUUAUCUCCAGCCAGGGUGUCCAACUCUGGUCGCUACCAGUGCAGUGUCCACAUCUACAACAAGCAAAAGAUGAGUAACAUUCUGUCAUUAAGAGUCACAGCUGACAGGGCGAUCUUUAAUAUAACCUCCAUCAGUUUUCCUGAAGAGAUCUACAGCUUCAGAUGUCAGGCUUCUAACCAUGUGCCAUCGUUCAGUAAGACCAGUGAGCCCCUUAGAGCACCAGUCAUAGUACCCGUUUCCAGGCCUGACCUGGAGCCGAAGGAAGUUACGGUCACAGAGGGGUCAGAUCUCAUCCUCAUCUGCAGUGUACACCAGGGCACUUACCCCAUCACCUUCACCUGGUAUUAUAACAGAGUUAAGCUCCCUUCCUCCACCCAAGAAGUCAGAUCAUUAGAAGGAAGUUAUGUCGUUAAAGCCAUCGAACAAAACCAGAGAGGCGACUACUACUGUGAGGCAUCUAAUUACGCCAUUGAAACCAAAAAGAGUUAUCCAGCCAGAAUUGGCGUCAGUUUAGCACUGUGGAAGAAAGCUCUUAUUGGAGUGUUCUGUAUCUUGCUUUUGGUGGCUAUCGUCAUAGUCCUGACAGUCCUUUUGAAGAAAUUGUCAAAUCCACGCAGAAAAAAGCAAGCAACUGAGUUAUCAGUAAAACCUUCACGGCCCAAAUCAGGUGAUCCCAUGAGAAUAAGCCUUACUCUCGACAUUGAAGAUAACACUGCUCUCAAUGGAACUCCCUGUGUGAUGGGCAGGAAUGUCUGGAGUGAAAAUGUAUCUGGCUCAGAUUCUGACAAUCAUACUGAUGAAGACUCUGAGCUGGUUCACCCACAGGAAGUCGAUCCCAGAGGAGAUGUUCCCGUGAAGAAAACCACAGAGCCCGAAUACAGUGUCCAGCACACAGAGGUCCAGGUGUCCACACCAGGAGUUUCGGAACAGGCUGAGGGCCAGGCGGCUCUGGAAUAUGCACAACUCAACAACAGUGAACAAGAACCUGCAUGAGUCUCGACACUUUACAUCUAAUUUAUUCAGCUUCUCCACCACCAGAAGCUGAUUUUCAAUCAUGAUGUGCUGACUUUGAAUAUUGUACUUUGAUUAUUAACAUUACUUUGUGGCUUGGAUUUGUUACAUGAGUCAAAUUUGUUAUGAUGUUUGUAUAUCAGAGAUUAAAAUGU